AUGAGACGCAUACUCAGUAGACGUAUCCUGAGAAACGUCAGUUUGCUCGCGACAGAUCUCCGGUCCCCCUCUUUCACCGUGUCUCGUCAAAUCCUUUUUUCACAGCCGCUUUGCACAAAAGCCAUGGAUCUCAGUGACAUGAGGAAGAAAUACAAAGGAGACGAGGAAUGCUUUGAGGAGAACCAACUUGUUUCCCUGGACCCAAUUAAGCAAUUUGGUAACUGGUUUGAUGACGCUACGAAGUGCCCUGCAAUCGGAGAAGCCAAUGCAAUGUGCAUCGCCACUGCCACAAACGAUGGACGUCCAUCUGCUCGUAUGGUCCUGCUUAAAGGUUACAGCAAUGAAGGCUUUCGCUUCUUUACCAACUACGAAAGUCGAAAAGGAAGUGAGCUGGAAAGCAAUCCUUACGCAUGUCUGGUCUUCUACUGGGAACCCAUUAACAGACAGAUUCGCAUUGAGGGCAAUGUGGAGCGGAUUCCCUUCCAGAGCUCUUGCGACUACUUUCAUUCCCGUCCAAAGAGCAGCCAGAUUGGGGCAGUUGUGAGCAGACAAAGCACUCCAGUCCCUAACAGAGAUUACCUAAGGCAAAAAAAUGCAGAACUAGAGGAAAAGUACAAGGACACAGAGGUGCCUAUGCCUGAAUACUGGGGUGGCUACAUCGUGAAACCUUAUUUGAUAGAAUUCUGGCAAGGCCAGACCAACAGACUCCAUGACCGUAUUGUCUUCACAAGGCCUAAGAUUGGAGAUGUGCCCUUGGAAGUGUUUCAGCAUCCUGCAGAGGGAGGCUGGGUGUACCAGCGACUGUCCCCUUGAUGAGGACCCUUUUUAUUGGGGUAAAACAGACUGUGUCAUAUGGAGGAUGCUUGAGAGGGUCUGGAAUAAGAAUUCAUCAGUAAUAAACAAAUUAUUACCUUUACCUCACUUGAAGUUUACAGUCCCACAGGCUGUUCUGAAACAUAUUAAUGUUAUUAGCCAGGUGACAAAAAGGAUUCGUCAUGCAAAGUCUAUAUCAUUUCACUUUCAAUGAACUAAAUCAUGGAGACUUCUCAAUGUUUUCACAGUGGUAUUCAUGAGUGACGGACAAAAUGCGGUCUACAUGUACAGCUGCAGUAUACCAUACUGUACUAUCUACAUACUGCCUGCACUGAAGAACCUUUAUCUUGUUGUUUUUAGGUGUAAGAUUUAACUGUGUGGCAUACAUGAAAUGCACCAGCUGACUCAGGAGUGCAAAGUCUGUCAGGAUGCUGUCAGUUAUUGACUGACUGUAACUUUGGAUAUUCAACAGCCUGGUUUAAUGUUUGUUUGUGACUAAUGUUAUGAAAAUCACAGUCUCCACUGCAGUGCCCUUUUCCACAGUAAAUGGUAUACUGUAUCAGUGGAGCUGAUAUGUACGCUUAUAUGGAGUCACACUUCACUCUCUAUUUCAUGUUAAUGUAAUACAAAUGGCUGCUAAUGUGUUUAGUUCAUAGUGGAUUGAUGGUCUCUGUCUUAAAUCUUUUGGGAUCCAACUGCCCUUUAAUAGCAAGAUUAAAAGAGCUGACGAUGUUAAUUGUGCCAAAAUGCAGGCUUUUGCCUUCUCUUUACUGUGAUUAAGUGAAUAUUCUCACAUGUCGAA